GGUUAGUCUCCUCCUACUUCCCUUUCUAUUCAAAAGCACGAAUGAAAGCAGCCGGGAAGCGAAAAGAGAAGGAACUAUAGAAAGAGUGGACAUCUGAGCCAGCUGAGUGAAAAAGCAGAGACGGUCACAGUGUUACGACUUGUGCUCCUGGAAAGCUGACAGGCAGACUGAUUGCUCAGACGUACAACAAAGAUGGCCUCCGUUGCACCGUUCAGCCGAAGGCAGUGGGCAUCCCAGUCGCUCCGGGUCACCGCCAAAGAGCUGUCCAUCGUCUCUGCCCGGGGUAAAAACACCGCCAUUGCAGAGCGCUUCUCCAAGUACCAGAUGGCAGCAGAAGAGGGCAGCAUAGAGAAGAAGAAAACGGUUGCAGAGCCUCUUCCCUCGACACUGUGUGGCGGCAAUCUGAGUGUAUUAAAGAAACGCUGGGAGCAGCAGCAGCAGGAUCCUCCAUACGUGCAGAGACACCAAUCUUCGGCCCCUCAGACUCCCAUUGGCGCAUCACUGGGCUCCAAAUCUGCACCCUCAUCGCAAAUCAAGCUCCAACCGGACACCCUGAGAACCACCGUGCUCUCACAGGACCACGGUACAGAGAUCCAGGUGACCAGAGAGACCAGCCAGGACAUCACGGACAUGGAGGCGAAGCCCAGCAGAGAUUCAGAGGAGCGGGAGGCAGCAUCAGCAGUCGAAGUGCCUGAGUGCGAGAAGCCCAGCAUCCCCCUCAACAGCCUCAAGAUGAUGUUUGAGAAAGGAGAGAACCCAGACAAGGCAUCCAGAGAGCAGACGGGCAGAGGAAACACGGGCAGCAUGGAGCAGCUAGUAGGAGAUGGAAGCCUUGCAGAGUCCACACCUCUCCGUGAUAGGAUGGCCCUCUAUCAAGCGGCCAUCUCCAAACAGGAAGUCCCUCCCACUUCAGUCCAUGACGAUCAGCUGGACGGUUUCAGUGGGAAGCAGAAGGAGAACGUCCCUCCGUGCACUCUGGACAUGAGUCCAGAGUCUGAUCCAAACACCAGGAGAGUUUUUACCUCAGAGACCAACGGCUCUGAACCGGGCACACCCACGUCCUCAAAUCAGCCCAAGACUCCCAGGAGCUUCCGCCUGCCGGUGAGAGAGACCUGCGUGUCAUGCCAGAAGACGGUUUAUCCUUUGGAGAGGUUCGUGGCCAACCAGAGCAUUUACCACAGCUCCUGCUUCCGCUGCUCGUACUGCAACACCAAACUCAGUCUGGCGAAUUACGCCUCCCUGCACAACAGCGUCUACUGCAAGCCGCACUUCUCGCAGCUCUUCAAGGCCAAAGGAAACUACGACGAGGGCUUCGGCCACCGGCCACACAAGGAACUGUGGGAGGGCAAAAACGAGAGUGCCGAGGCUUCGUCGCCAUCUGUGACCAAGCCAAAGAUCCAGAGCCCAGCCACGUCCUCAGACCUGCAAAGCCCCAACGUGGAGGACUCCCCACUGGCCAAAGUCAACGUCCUGACAGCCACCAUGGAGGCUCUGGGACAAGGAUCCUCAGAGAAGGCUGACAGACCCACAGAGACCCGCAGGCUGAAGAUCUCUUGGCCACCAAAAAUGGAGCCCGAGGUCACGCCCAGCUGCAGUGGAGCCACGGCCACAACAGAGGUUCUCUCCAGUGGUAAACCAAUCAGAGCAAAGUGGCCUCCAGAGGAGGACUCCCCGUCCACACCCCCAGAGGAAGCCAGGGGCUCACCUGUUCUGCGCCGUAACUCCUCCCUGAAAGAGCGAAGCAUGCCCUUCACUGUGGGAGCUCAACCCGACAGCCCUCCUGCUGCUGAGGCCAAAAAGCAGAGGUCGCCUCCUCCUGCGGAAGAGCUGCAGCUGAGUCCUGAACCUACCAGCAUGGAUCUGCAGCAGGGCGGCCAGUCGUCAGGCAGCCAAACCCCCACUGAGGACAGCUGUGUGGACGUGCACACCAGCUCUGGAGAAGAAGAACAAGAGGCAGAGAUGAAGAGCGAAGACACUACAGACCAUCUCCCCACAGAGGAGGAGCUAGACGACGCUGCAGGAAGACUAGCUGAAGAGGAGGAGCAGAUGGAGGAGGAAGAUGGUGGGGUGCUGGAGGAAGAGAUGCCGGAUGUGAAACUUCAGGAGACCCCAACUGAGCCGACUGCCAUCUCCUCUCCAGAGGGGGAGGUGGAGGCCAGCCGGUCGUCUCAGGACGUGGGCUUCUGGGACAGUGAGGGGGAGCAGGAGGAGCUGACGGUGGAGGAAAUGAUUAAACGAAACCGACACUACGAGGAGGAGGAGGAGCACGAGGACGUGUAAACUGAAUUCACUGCUUUUGGCCAACGCAAUGACAGCCACAGACGCUUAACUGAACUUCUUCUGCCAUUCCUUCUUUUUUAUUUAGACAGUUUCUUCUUCUCUUCCUGAUACAAAGUUGCUGCCGUGUCCAGAUGAAUUUUAUUUGUGCCUCUUUGACUCAAGCCAUUUAAGACAUUUGGAAUAAUCAUCAUUUUUUAAAACAUAAGAUAUUUAAAAUUAUUCCCCUUUUUAAAUAAAUAUUUUUAAAACAAAUGUUAAGACUCAGAAUAGACUUUUUUUUUUUUGUGUGUGUGUGUGCACGAAUUUUAUAAUUUUGUAUUUUCAUCAGAUGCCUCGUUAUCAAACUGCUGUCAUGAGAGCCCAGCUGCACAGCUGUCUUGAGACUGCAGUUCAGUUGGGAUUGAAAAGUUUGAGACAAUUCAAGCACAGAAAAAAAGUUUGGCUGUUUUUGGGUUGUUUUUUUUUUCUUUUCCUUUAGAGAAGCCAGCUAUGACUUUGAGUUCUUGAUCCUACAGAUGGAUGACAAUUAAAGGAAAAUCCUGCACAAGUGUCUUAGUAAAGUGUUAGGCCACAAAUGCAGCUUUAAUGCACCAUGGCAUUGAUUCUGGUAGUCUGAUGGAGCAAGAGAACACCAUCCAUCGCUCAUCUAGUAUUUUCAUAUAGAUUCACAGCAUGAUCCAAAACAUUGGUUCAUAAUAUCUCAUAGGUGGGCAUUUGGGUUGGCAUGUGGUGAUUGCAAAGACCACAGCUUAUUAUUCAUUUUUUCACCCUCAAACCACUGUGAGCCCUUGUCUCCAGGUGGAGGCGCUGUCAUCCUGAUGGAGACCACAUGGAAAUGUUUCAAAGGGGCAAAGUGGAGCCACCAGAAUCCCUUCGCUGCAAGUCAGUUUCUUUUCCUUUAAUUUGUCACAUGUCUGUAUAUGAACACAUUGAGCUGAAAGAUGCUUUAUGAUCUUUUGUUUCCAUUUUUGAUGAGUUGUAACUGGACAUGAUUAUUGUAAUGUUUUAAGCCAGGGGACCAAAUAGCCUGACCUGCUACUGUAUAAAUAAACAGUUGAAAACUU